UGAAGUGAAGAGAUAGAGAGAGAGAGAGACACGCCCACUGCUGCCCUGCUGCCUACUUCUCUUAUCAGUCCAUAAAACCAGGCUUCACUUUCACGGAGACCAACGGCUCUGCGGCCGGUUAACGGUGGACGGUAGACGGUUAACGGUGGACGGUAGACGGUUAACGGUGGACGGUAGACGGUUAACGGUGGACUGUUGACGGUUAACGGUGGACUGCUGACGGUUAACGGUGGACUGUUGACGGUUAACGGUGGACGGUUGACGGUUAACGGUGGACUGUUGACGGUUAACGGUGGACUGUUGACGGUUAACGGUGGACUGCUGACGGUUAACGGGAGACGUCCGUUUCAUCGGGACUGUGCAGCUUCGGCAGGAGGAGCGAGGGUAAAGAUGCCGGAGACCAAAGUGACGAUGGAGCACGGGCUGAACGGAGCCUCAAAGCACCAGUCUGCAGGUGCGCGCUGCGGCGCCACCGUCAGCUUUCACAACAUCGACUACCAGGUGACUCAGGGAGGGAGCUGCCUGCGUUGGAAGAAAGGCACGACCAAGGCCAUCCUCAUCGACCUCAAUGGGCUCAUGAAGCCGGGUCUGAACGCCAUCAUGGGAGCGACAGGAAGUGGAAAGUCAUCGUUCCUGGAUGUUUUGGCGGCCAGGAAGGACCCUGCAGGUUUGUCAGGAGAAGUUUUGAUUGACGGAGCUCAUCAGCCGCCAAACUUCAAGUGUCUGUCUGGAUACGUGGUGCAGGACGACGUGGUGAUGGGGACGCUGACGGUCAGGGAGAACUUCAGGUUCUCUGCGGCGCUGAGACUCCCGAAGUCCGUCUCUCAGAAGGAGAAGGAAGAAAAGGUCGAAAAACUGAUCCAGGAGCUGGGACUGGGCCGGGUGGCCGACUCCAGGGUGGGCACUCAGCUGAUUCGAGGGAUCUCCGGCGGCGAGAGGAAGAGGACGAACAUCGGCAUGGAGCUGAUCAUCGACCCGCCCGUCCUCUUCCUGGACGAACCCACGACCGGCCUCGACGCCAGCACCGCCAACUCCGUCCUGCUGCUGCUGAAGAGGAUGGCCGACAGCGGGCGCACCAUCAUCCUGUCCAUCCACCAGCCUCGAUACUCCAUCUACCGGCUGUUCGACAGCCUCACCCUGCUGGUCAACGGCAAACAGGUGUACCACGGCCCAGCUCAGACCGCACUGGAGUAUUUCUCAGACAUCGGAUACACCUGUGAGCCCCACAACAACCCUGCUGACUUCUUCCUGGACAUCAUUAACGGAGACUCCACGGCCGUCGCCCUCAACAGCGUUAACAAAGAAGAUCCAGAGUCUGUGACGAUGUCCAGACAAGGAAUCGAGGACAAACUGGUGGAGGAAUACAGGAGCAGCAGCUCCUUCAAGCUCACCAAAGCAGAGUUGGAGAGGAUUGUUCAGGGCAAGCCGACGACCACCACGGCUCCCUCCAGAACCAUCACCUACAACACCGGCUUCCUGACCCAGUUCAGAUGGGUUCUCAAGAGAACGUUCCGCAACCUGAUGCUCAACCCUCAGACCUCUGUCGCUCAGAUCGCUGUGACGUUGUUUCUGGCUCUCGUCGUUGGAGCCAUUUUCUUUGACGUCAAGGAGGAUCAGAGCGGAAUGCAGAACAGGUUCGGCGCGCUCUUCUUCAUCACUGUGAAUCAGUGUUUCAGCUCGCUGUCGUCUGCUGAGCUCUUCAUCGCAGAGAGGAAACUCUUCAUUCACGAGUAUAUCAGCGGGUACUACAGGGUGUCGGUGUACUUCCUGUCUAAGAUCCUGUCGGACAUCCUCACGCUGAGGACCUUCCCCGCCAUCAUCUUCAGCUGCGUGGCGUACUUCAUGAUCGGUCUGAAGCCGACAGCCGGGGCCUUUUUCACCUUCAUGUUCACCGUGACUCUGGUCGCCUACACGGCCACCGCCAUGGCUCUGGCCAUCUCAGCCGACCAGACGGUGGUCGCCAUCGCCAACAUCUUCAUGACCAUCGCCUGCGUCUUCAUGAUGAUCUUUGCAGGUCUGUUGGUGAAUCUUCCCUCCAUCGUCAGCUGGCUCUCUUGGUUGAAAUACUUGAGUAUACCACGCUACGGCCUCGGUGCUCUGCAGGUUAACGAGUUCACUGGGCUGAACUUCUGUCGCGGCUUCAACAGCUCCAUCACCCCACCUGGACUCUCCUGUACAGGGGAGGAGUUUCUGGAGGAGCAGGGCGUGGAUUUCUCCACCUGGGGCUUCUGGCAGAACCACCUGGCUCUGGGCGUCAUGACCUUCUGCUUCCUCGCCAUCGCGUACCUCAAACUGCGCUUCAUCAGGAAGUUCACCUAGACCUCCAUCACCACCUAGACCUCCAUCACCACCUGGACCUCCAUCACCACCUAGACCUCCAUCACCACCUGGACCUCCAUCAUCACCUAGACCUCCAUCACCACCUGGACCUCCAUCAUCACCUAGACCUCCAUCAUCACCUAGACCUCCAUCACCACCUGGACCUCCAUCAUCACCUAGACCUCCAUCACCACCUAGACCUCCAUCACCACCUCCGCUUUCAAAAAUGUUUGUACAGAUAUUAUUUGUAAUAUUUGGUAAUCGUCCAGAUCUCGAUUACGGAUCAUUUGUUUGUAGAAUUAAAAUAACGUGUUGUUUAAAGAGACUUAAUGUUGAAGUUAUUCAUUAUUUAUUCACUCAGUGUUUUGAACAAUAAUCAACUGUAUCAGGAUUUUGGCAAUUUAAAGUUCAAAGCCAAAGAAGCAUUUUAUUUUUCACACAAAAACAAUUUUAUAUUCAUAAAUUAAAACACUAAAUGUA